GGGCGUGGCUUGGAGCCGGAAGCGGCGGGCCCGGGGGCGUGGCCAGGGCGUGGCGGGAAGCGGGAGGUGCCGGCACUCGCUCCUCCCAUGGGGUUCCCCCCCCGUCCCUCCCCUCCCCCGCUCCGGGAUGGCUCCGGGGGGGUUCUCGGCCGCCCCUCCCCCCCCGCUCCUCACCUGGGGGGCUCAGCUGGGCCGGGGGGCGCGGCGGGCGCUGCUGCGGGGGGGGCUGGGGCUGAGCCUGGCGCUGCUCCUGCUCUGGGCCUCGCUCUUCCUCUACGGCUCCUUCUACUGGGCCUACCUGCCCGCGGCCGCCGUGCUGCGACCGCUGCACCUGGCCUUCAGGUCGGACUGUGACAGCCCCGGCCCCGAGCUCUGCUCCUUCCCCUCGGCCAAUGUGUCCCUGCUGGGGGAGCACCGCGAGAAGGUGCUGCUCUACGGGCAGCUCUACCGGAUCUCGCUGGAGCUGGAGCUGCCGGAGUCGCCGGUGAACCGCGAGCUCGGCAUGUUCAUGGUGACCCUCACCUGCUACGGGGCCGGCGGCCGCCCCUUGGCCACGGCCGCGCGCUCGGCCAUGCUGCACUACCGCUCGCGGCUGCUCCGGGCCCUGCACACCGCGGCCUUCGCCGGCCUCUUCCUCAGCGGCUUCGCCGAGCAGAGCCAGACCCUGGAGCUGGAGCUGAUGGGGCGCUACCGCGAGGACCCCUACACCCCGACCGUGGGGGCGUUCGUGGAGAUCCGGAGCCGGCGGGUGCAGCUCUACGGGGCGCGGCUCAGGGUGCACGCGCACUUCAGCGGGCUCAGGUACCUGCUCUACCACUUCCCGCUGACCUCGGCCGUGCUGGGCGUGGCCGGGAACUGGACGCUGCUGGCGCUGCUGACCCUCGGGGGGUACCUGCAGUGGGGGAGGGGCACCCGCCGGCCCCGCCCCCCCCCGCAGGACACGCGGAGCGAGGGAGGAGCCCCCGGGGAGGGGGAGGGGACAGAUCUUUCAGCCUCUCCCCAAAAUUCAGAGGAACCCGAAGUCGUGGGAGCCUCGGAGCCGAGCGAAGGCCCACCCCUGCUCAGCGCUGCCAACGCCGCCCCCAAGGAGGAGGAGGAGGAAGAGGAGGAGGAGGAGGGGCAGGAGGAAGAGGGGGUCACCCCCACACCCCACCCCCACCUUCCGGACAGCCCCUCCCCCCGCCAGCGCCAUGUCUGCUCCAGCUCCUGAACCUCCCCAAAUUUUGGGAGACACCAAUAAAGGCUUUGACUCUCACCCCCAACCCCCAAAAAGA